GUGGGGAGGAGGAUAACUAGGCAGUUUUGGGUCCCAGGGUGCCGUGGGCGAGAACGUGGCGAAGUGCUUUCAAAACGCGAACGCGAACGCAGUUAGGGCCCCGCUCGCCAGUGGUUCGGCCUAACCCUGGAAGACGCAAGCCCUGGGCCGCUGGCGAGGGUGGGCUGUAAGGCACAAAUCACGCUUUUGGUUCUUCACGAUGAGUCGAUGCCAGCCUGGUUGGCGCUUGACAGGUGAGCGCUUCGCAACGACACGCGCAGGGGUGUCUCAGCGUCGACCUGUCAGGGCCUGUCCACGCGGUUGUCCAUGAGCUCACUCAGCCCAGCAGCUCCGCUCUGAGAGACAGAGACGCAAAGCAGCAGAGUACCCAGUGCUCCCCUGUAAGAAUGUGAGGACCAAGGUAAGGACUUCAGCACCCUAUAGAAUCCUAUCACUAAUGGCAGCUUCGCGGGGGCUGGUGGAGCAUUCGUGGCUUUCGUCACAGCGUCCCUUACCCACACGACAUGACAAUGCGCUUGCUCGUGUAAGUUAGAUGUAAGAGGCGCUGGACCAGCCUGCUACUCAGCGAGGUGGGGCUGGCGGGUAGGGGUGGGUGCCAGAAGAUGAACCGCGCGUGCCGGCUGAGCGUAUAACAUCGGCCGUCGAACAUGUUACGCUCUUGCUUCGCUGACAAUUUGGUUCCACAUCUGAAGUAUAUACACACGAGAUGUAGGCAUGACUACUCUUGUGCUCGUGGCAAUAGCUGUCCUGCUCAGCUGCGCAAAGGCUCAGCUGCUGCGGUCGGCGGAGCUUGGUAUAACGAAAUGCGAACUUCAGGGCCGCGUGGAGGACAAGCCGGUGCUGUUGUACGUCUUCAUAAACGCCUGCAGCGCCGGGACAUGGGCGGCCGGCCGUGGGGGCAGCGGGUCUGGAUCCAGCAGCCGGCGGCAGGCGGGCGGCACGGUGCACGUGGCGGGCCACUUCUUCCUGCACGACCCCUCCCGCCCCAUCCACUCCACGCAGCUGCAGGCUCUGGAUGAGGCAAAGGACUGGGCCAGCCAGGAGGGCGCGCUGGUGCUCAAGUCCCCACACAGUGGUCGCGAGUGGCCUCUGACCCUGCUGCUGGCUGGGCCAUGGUCCAACCCACAUCGCCACAGGUACCCCGGCCGGCUGUCCGCCGCGCUGACGGACCUGGACCCGGUGGACGCGGCGCUGCUGGAGUUCCACGUCAUCGCGCGGCCCGGCUUCCACACCUUCUGCACCUUCCUGGCAGCCACCGCACGAGCGCCCGCAUGGCCGCCGCUUGGCGGCGUGGGUGGCGUGGGCGGUGGAGGGGAUGAGGCAGGGAGGGAGGAGGGGGACGGUGGCGGCCGGCGAAGGCGACGGCGGAGAGCCCGGCAGCGGCUGGCGAGGCGGGCGGUGCUGGGUUGGCGGAGCGGCGGCGGGGAGGACGAGGAGGCGGCGGAGGAGGAGCAAGAGGACGUGGAAGCGGAUGGAGGGGAUGGUGGCAGGGGGUACACUCUAGAUGUAGGCACAGGGCCGCAGCGGUGUGGGUGGCUUGACGAGGAGGGCGAAGAGAUAGAAAACGAGCUCGAGUUGGCUGAGAGCCGGCCGUCCUACAUGAUCAUCUCGCCCUUCUUCGGCCUGCCUGCGGGCGAGUACGCCAGCCUGCUGCUGCAGCACAUGCGCUACCACGACGUGCUGGGCGUGCGGCGCUACCUGGUGUAUGUGGAGGCGGGGGCCAGCGCACUGGCGGCGGAGCCCAGGGUGCAGGCGGCGGUGUCUGCCGGCCGGCUGCGGCUGGUGCUGUGGGAGGAGGUGCCGCACUUCAUAGCGCAGGACACGCAGCUGCGACACCCCUACGCCUCGCAGUCGCUGGUGUACAACCACGGGCUGCUGGCUCUGUGGCCCGAGCUGGCGGUGGCGGCCAUCGCGGACGUGGACGAGUACCUGGUCACGCCGCAGCGCACCACACUAGCGCAGGUGCUGGCGGGCUGUGCGGAGUCGGGCACGCCGCCGGCGGCCUCGCUGCAGGUCAACCGGCGCGUGGGCUACUGCACAGGGUGUGCGGAAGCCGUCUCUGGGGAAGCAGGCCACGGUGGUGGCGGUGACGGCGGCGGCCGCGAGGGCUCCAAGCGCAGCCCCGGCGACCGCCUGGACCGGGCCGCGCUUACCGCCGCACACCCGCUGGAGCGAGCGUUGUGGCUCAACGCCAGCGGCCUGUCGGGCGGGGAGCAGGCGGAGCAGGCCGUGCUGGCGGCGGCGGCGGAGGCGGGCUUCGCCCCGCAGGGCGGGGGCAGCGGAGGCGGGGGAGGUGGGGUGGGGGGGCUGGUACACCCGCUGGCGCUGUACGGUGUGAGCACAGGCGACGCGGAACCCAAGUCGGUGGUGCUGGUACACCGGGCCGCCUUCGCCAACCCGCACAUCACCUACACACAGCCCGGGCAGCGCGGGUCGGGCGCCUCCACCAACUGCGCCUACUGGCUGCACCUGCGGUCGCAGGUGGCGCUGCGGCUGUCGGGCGGGCGGCUGACGGACGUGCGGGAGGUGAGGCGCGCCUCGAUGUGGGUGCUGGACGCGCUGGCGGCCGGGGAGUGACAGCCCUCGGGGGGCUGCGGCGCGUCGCUGGGACCAACGGCUGACUUGCAGCAAUAACAGUCUCCUGUGUAUGCCUCGUAUUACUGCUGGAUGCAUGCGCCACUGUGGUGAUGUCUCGUGAUGAUGAGUGAACAUGAUUUGCCUCGCACAGCCACGCAAGGACUGCGAUCGUGCUGGCACUGGCUGUCAUAUGGUGCGAGCUGCGGGGUUUACACGACACGCAU